AUGGUCUUGACGCUGUUCUUUAGGCCUUUGGUUUCUCAGAAACCCAAUACUGAUGGGUCCUUUGUCUAUGAUUUCUUUCAGAAGAUGGAUUUAACCUCUUCUAAAAUCUACAACUUUUCUGCUCCUGUUUGUUUAUGGCAAGGUGUAUUUUGUGAUGCUAAACAAGAGAAUGUGAUAGGGCUGAUAGCUUCUGGUUUGGGUCUAUCUGGUUUGAUUCCAGAUACCACUAUUGGCAAACUUAGAGAGCUUCAAUCUUUGGAUCUUAGCAAUAACAAAAUCACUGGUCUUCCUUCUGAUUUCUGGAGUUUGGGUUCACUCAAGACCCUUAAUCUCUCAUUUAACCAAAUUUCUGGGAACCUCCCAAGCAACAUAGGCAAUUUUGGUCUUCUUCAAAGCUUGGACCUUUCUUUCAAUAAUUUCUCUGGUAAUAUCCCUGAAACUAUGAGUUCUCUUGCCAAUCUGCAACUUCUGAAAUUCAAUCAAAAUGGGUUUAAUUCAAGCAUUCCACUGGGGAUUCUGAAGUGCCAUUCUUUGGUUUCCAUUGAUCUCUCGUCAAACAAGCUGAAUGGCCCUCUUCCUGAUGGUUUUGGUGCUGCAUUUCCAAAGCUCAAAUCUUUGAACCUUGCCUGCAAUGAGAUUUAUGGAGAGGAUAUUGAGUUCUCGGGAAUGAUAUCCAUCAGGAAUCUUAACAUUUCGGGUAAUCUGUUUCAGGGUUCUGUGGUUGGUGUUCUUCAAGGGUCAUUGGAGGUGAUUGAUUUGAGCCAAAAUCAGUUUCAAGGUCAUAUUUCUCACUUAAAUUUCAGUUCCAACUUCAAUUGGUCUCAAUUAGCUUAUCUGGACUUAUCUGACAAUCAACUUAGUGGAGUGUUUUUCAAUAACUUGAAUCAAGCCAAGAGUCUCAAACACCUCAAUCUUGCACACAAUAGAUUUUCCAAGCAACAAUUCCCCCAAAUCAGUAUGCUCUCUGGUUUAGAAUAUCUAAACCUUUCGGCAACUAAUCUCAGUGGUCACAUUCCCACUGAAAUCUCACUAUUAAGCAGUUUGAGAACAGUUGAUCUAUCCGAAAACAAUCUCAGCAGCCACACCCCUCUUUUCAGUAUUAAAAGCCUCCAACUUCUUGAUGUUUCAUACAACAAUUUAAGUGGAGACAUCCCCUUAUCACUCCUAGAAAAACUCCCAUGGAUGGACAGUUUCAACUUCUCUUUCAACGCCUUAACCCUUUGUGCUUCAGAAUUCUCGCCUGAAACCCUCCAGUCAGCUUUCAUCGGGUCAUUAAACAGUUGCCCAAUUGCUGCAAACCUGGGUCUCUUCAAAAGAAAAGCUCCAAAGCAUAGGGGUCUCAAGCUUGCCCUGGCUUUAACUUUCUCAAUGAUCUGUUUGCUUUUGGGGUUUCUAUUUUUAGCCUUUGGUUGUCGAAGGAAAACAAGAAUGUGGGCAGUGAAACGAACCUCUUCCAAAGAAGAACAAUAUGCUUCUGGGCCCUUUUCGUUCCGUACUGAUUCAACCACUUGGGUAGCUGAUGUUAAGCAAGCAGCAUCUGUUCCAGUAGUAGUGUUUGAGAAGCCAUUAUUGAAUUUCACAUUUGCGGACCUCUUGUCUGCAACUUCACAUUUUGAUCGGGGCACUUUGUUGGCUGAAGGGAGGUUUGGGCUUGUUUAUAGAGGAUUUUUACCAGGUGGGAUUCAUGUGGCUGUUAAAGUCUUGGUCCAUGGAUCCACCAUGACGGACCUGGAAGCUGCAAGAGAGCUCGAGUAUCUUGGUUGUAUCAAACACCCAAAUCUUGUUCCAUUGACUGGAUACUGCUUGGCUGGUGAGCAAAGGAUUGCCAUUUAUAAUUAUAUGGAGAAUGGAAAUUUGCAGAAUUUGCUUCAUGAUCUGCCACUCAGGGAAAAAAGUAAAGAAGAUUGGAGGGCAGACACGUGGGAAGAAGAUGACAAUAAUGGGAUUCAAACCGUUGGGUCUGAAGGAUUGUUGACAACUUGGAAAUUUAGGCACAAAAUUGCACUUGGUACUGCACGAGCAUUAGCAUUUCUCCACCAUGGCUGCUCACCUCCAAUUGUCCACAGAGAUGUCAAAGCUAGCAGCAUUUAUCUUGAUUCGAAUUUGGAGCCCAGACUGUCUGGUUUUGGACUGGCAAAGAUUUUUGGUAAUGGUCUUGAGGAUGAGAAUGCUAAUGUGUCACCAGCAUAUGUGCCACCUGAGUAUCUUCAGGCAAAAACUGGCUCCCCAAGGGUCCCAACUCCAAAAUCUGAUGUUUAUGGAUUUGGGGUCAUUCUUUUUGAGCUCAUUACUGGGAAAAAGGCAAUUGAUGAUUACCCAGAGGAAAGAAACGCGACUUUGGUCGGUUGGGUGAGAGGAUUACUGAAGAAAAACCAGGGGUCAACAGCUAUUGAUCCAAAAAUUCAUGGGACAGGACCAGAGAUCCAAAUGGUGGAGGCUUUGAAGAUUGGAUAUCUAUGCACAGCUGACCUUCCAUCAAAACGACCAAGUAUGCAGCAGGUAGUUGGACUUCUCAAGGAUAUUGAACCAGAUACACAACAAUAUAUACAGUGA